UGUGUGUACUUAUUUAUAUACACACAUGUGCAUGUGUGUUCAUAUUCCUGUAUAUACUCAACAGAGCAACUUUAUUGCAGGUCCACCACCCCAGAAGUCCUGAACAUUAUUUAAAAGAACAAAAUGGACCCCGAAAGCAGAACCAAGAAUCUCCACUUGUAUUUAGCAAUAUUGUUAGGCGACGUUGAAGAACUUCAGGAAUGCAUUGCAUCGGGGGCGGAUGUUGCAGUUGCAGACAAGUUCGGCGAUACUUUCCUUCACUACGUCGCGAAGCUUGGACACUGUAGAGUAGCCAGAGUGUUAUUAGAAGCCGGAGUCGAUCCCAAUGCUUCGAACGGAGCGGGUCAGACGCCUCUCCACUAUGCGGCAAGAGCAGGAAACAAGAAAAUUAUUCGAAUCUUACUCAGAAAUGGAGCCCACAUGCGUGUGUUGGACCAAGGGAGCUACACGCCGUUGCACAUUGCAUCACAACGCCAACGAGAUAAAGCCGCGUGUUUAUUAUAUAGAAAUAAAACCACGAAGACGAAGAUCUAUCGUCCAAAGCGACAAAAUAUCAUGAUCGACUGCGAUCUCUUCCACAAGUUGAAUGCGAUUGUGGCAACGGCGGAACGAACCACAGUGCUGGACUUUCUAGGCAUGAAGGACAUACACACAGCAGUCACGGACGGCGAAAUAGAUCGCGUGAAGAAGUUACUGGAGAAAAGAGAAAAUGUUCAUAGUAAAAGUCACGACUUGUCUACACCUCUCCAUUUUUCUGCUUCCGGAGAGAGCACUGAUAUUGUAAAAUUACUACUGGAAAAAGGCGCGAACCCCGAUGCCGAAAAUGAAACGGGCGACACUCCGCUCCAUCUCGCAGCCAUUAGCGGGAAGAUUGAAGUCCUACCGUUGUUAGCAACCGCAGCCAACAUCAAUAAAUCAAGUGCCACUCACGACAAGCUUAUACAUUAUGCCAGAUAUGGAGGAGAAAAUCCUGAGCAGGCUAUGUUGGAUGUUUCUCAUCUCUCCUCAGAUGGAAACACACCGCUCCAUUUUGCGUGUUUGGCUGGGCAUAUCGAAGCAGUAAAUAUUUUGUUGGAAAAGGGUGCUGACCCUAAAUGUACCGCUGAAUCUGGCCAUACACCUUUACAUUAUGCUUCCCUCAGAGGACAUACAAAAAUAGUUCAAAAGCUCAUCGAAGUUGGAGUAGACGUCAAUGCGCUUGACAGACAUCGAUGUACAGCACUACACUACGCUGCCUCAGCAGGACAUACUUCAGUAGUGGAAGAACUUGCAAGAUCUGGGACAAACUUGCAGCUCUUCACAGACGCCGGGAAAUCUGUUCUUCACGAUGCCUCUUUUUACGGAAGAUUGGACUCCGCCCAGAGGCUGGCAGAGAUUCAGCCUGACCUCAUCGCCGUCCGGGACAAGUUGGCGCUUUCGGCAGAAGACACAGCUCACAUCCGAGGUCAUGCACAGGCAGCCUGGUGGCUCCAGAAGCAAACGGAGGCUGAAACCACUCAUGAGACUUUUAACCACAGGACGGUAAGGACACUUUUUCUACAUCUGCAACCAUUCACAUUCGCAAUGUGGAAAUCGAGAAAGCAAAGAUUCAUGUCCAGGCGCUUGGGCCGUCUUCUUUAUGUGCUGGUGAUCUCUGUCGCUGCACAAAGGACAGCGUAA